AUAUUUUCAUAUUCAGUCUGGAAACAAAUUGCUUGUCAACAAUGUGUAACAUCUGUGUAGAUAAAUUAGAAGGACAUCGUCUUUCUUCCCAUUCGUGCUGAACACAUUCUGUGGAGCAUAUAUCUGGAGCAUGUUAGAUAAUAUUACAGCACUUUGUUUCAUUACCUCAUCCAUGACUACCAGGUCCCUACCAUGAUAUUUCGGUGACUUCGCCCAUCAAACUUUCACCUGAGACUAUUCAAUUUUAUGUCAUUGACUUGUAAGGAAUAAGUCGCUGGAACAGUUUUGUACAGCCUCUCACCACAAGGAGGAAAACAUAGAGACGGUUAUACGCCACAGAUCACAACUUCCAACCAAACAGAGAGGACGCAUCUCGCCGGCCAGAUUUGUGAUUAUGGAAACCAAACCUAACAGUAGAAUGGACACUGAGAACACUUCUCUCGUUGAUUCUACAGAUAUGAUGACGGAAGUUAGUAAUUUAAUAGAGAAAUAUACGGACGGGAGUUUUGGGCAGGGCAGGGUCUCCGUGCGUAAUUUAGGACACGCGGGUUCUUUACGCAGCAGCGCGGCUGGAUCAAGCAGUGAGGCUCUGGAUCAACUAUCUCUGCUUGACUUGCCUCUCGGUACCAAAACGUACACUGACCACAUGGAUGAAUUUCUGAAAGUUGAAACCGGACAGUGGAGCGCAAAAGCGCUUCUGCCCAAGGAGACAGAUGUUCUGGGUAGUGCGUUUAUCAAAGAUGAGAAAGAACAGUCUCUCAUUAUGGAGCCACCCAACACUGAUUUCGACGUCGGCUUAAACAUCAGCGCCUUGGAAAGCUGCUACGACUCUACCCUAAGGAAACAGCAGUGUGGGUUUAUUGAGGAGUCUUCAGCUUUGAGGCUCUCAUCUCAAGCUGCCCAACAGGUAGUUGUGGAGAGUUCCUCUAACUUUCAGUUGAACAUGAAUCAACCUACAUUGGUUUUGCCACCUCAGAGAAGAGUAUCGCCUUCUCUAGGCAGGGGUGUGUUGAAUUUCGAUGGAACGAGCGCAGCUCCCAUGAUGUCCAAAACGGACUUUUCUAAAUGGGUGUCCGCCACGGACUCUCCGUUCUGGUAUCAGUCCACUAGUGUGAAUGAAGAGCACGCUGGAUAUUCUUCACCAGAUGCCUUCAUCCCGCGCUCACGUACUGUCUACUCUGCUUUCCCAGGGGUUCCAUCUCAAAGAGUGUGUGUUAUAUGUGGAGACGAGGCUUCGGGUUGUCACUAUGGAGUUCUUACCUGUGGAAGCUGCAAGGUGUUUUUCAAGAGAGCUGUUGAGGGUCACCAUAACUACCUGUGUGCGGGACGAAAUGACUGCAUUGUUGAUAAAAUCAGGAGAAAGAAUUGUCCCGCAUGUCGUCUUAGAAAGUGCUAUCAGGCAGGGAUGAUGCUUGGAGGCCGUAAGAUGAAGCGGUUUGCGAAUCUGAAGCUCAUGGGGAUGAGUCCAUUGUUGAGGUUCCAGGGUCCGUUCUCCCUGAUGGCUGACGGUCAAACGGUGUCCUCCCUGCCCUGUAUGCCAGCCAUGCGUGAGCUGCAGCUGACCCCGCAGAUAAUCAGCAUCCUGGAGAGCAUUGAGCCACAGGUGGUCUACUCUGGCUACGACAGCUCGCAACCAGAGCUUCCCCACCUUCUCCUCAACAGUCUCAACAGGCUCUGUGAGAGGCAGCUGCUCUGGAUCGUCAGAUGGUCCAAGUCUCUUCCGGGUUUUCGCAAUUUGCACAUCAACGACCAGAUGACGCUAAUCCAGUAUUCCUGGAUGGGUUUAAUGUUGUUCUCCCUGGGUUGGAGAAGUUUCCAGAAUGUCACAACUGAUUACCUGUACUUUGCACCCGAUCUGGUCUUGAGCCAUGAUCAACUGAGGAGGUCUCCGAUCUACGACUUGUGCUUGGGGAUGCAGUUUGUUCCACAGGAAUUCGCCAACUUGCAAGUGUCCAGGGAAGAGUUUCUGUGCAUGAAGGCUUUGAUACUCCUCAACACUGUUCCUCUGGAGGGCCUGAAGAGUCAGACGCAGUUUGAUGAAAUGAGACAGAACUACAUCUGUGAGUUGACGAAAGCCAUCCAGCUGAAGGAGAAAGGAGUGGUGGCCAGCUCACAGAGAUUCUACCACCUGACCAAACUCAUGGACGGCAUGCACGAGAUUGUAAAGAAGGUCAAUCUCUACUGUCUGAGCACAUACAUCCAGGCGGACGCCAUGAAGGUGGAGUUUCCGGAGAUGAUGUCAGAGGUCAUUGCGUCACAGCUGCCGAAAGUGCUUGCGGGGAUGGUCAGACCCCUCCUGUUUCACAACAAGUGAAGCCAUGUGAUCCAGACAGUAUGCUUGGGUCUGGGACUCAUCGUGUCUCUGGUGUACGUGCGCCACAUCUAGUUAAUGUAGACACGCAUCUUUCCAUACACAAUUCCUCCCCUUUUAAUAGUCACAAGUUCUGACCUGAUGUGUUAGUUGAAAAUACACAAUUUUUCAAUAGGAGUAAAACUAAUAAUAAUAAUUCACAGUCCAAUCAUAAAGAGAGAAUAUAAUCUGCUAUUUCAUUAAACCCUGCUAUCGAAUUCUACAAAACAUGGCAAUCUUUGAGCAUUUUUGUGAUAACUUAAGACAGACUGUGUUUGCAUUUGGCAGGUUUGGUUUGAUUAAAAUUAACUCUGGUGUGAUUGCUCUGUUAGUGC